AUGCUGGCGUCAGCUCCACGACACGACCACGUCGUGGUGACGAUGCUGGCGUCAGCUCCCACGACACGACCACGUCGUGGUGACGAUGCUGGCGUCAGCUCCCACGACACGACCACGUCGUGCCGCACGCACACUAGGACUCUAGCUGCUCCAUUCAUACGAGCGAUCCUGGGUGUAAAAUGUGGCAAGUCUGGUGAAUGUGGAGAAUGUGGCAAGUCUGGUGAAUGUGGAGGAUGUAACAAGUCUGGUGAAUGUGGAGAACGUGACAAGUCUGGUAAAUGUGGAGAAUGUGGCAAAUCUGGUAAAUGUGGUGAAUGUGGCAAGUCUGGUAAAUGUGGAGAAUGUGGCAAGUCUGGUAAAUGUGGAGAAUGUGGCAAGUCUUGUGAAUGUGGAGAAUGUGGCAAGUCUUGUGAAUGUGGAAGAUGUGGCAAGUCUGUUGAAUGUGGAGAAUGUGGAGAAUGUGGAGAAUGUGGCAAGUCUGGUGAAUGUGGAGAAUGUGGCAAGUCUGGUGAAUGUGGGGAAUGUGGCAAGUCUGGUGAAUGUGGAGAAUGUGGUAAGUCUGGUGAAUGUGGAGAAUGUGGCCAGUCUGGUAAAUGUGGGGAAUGUGGCAAGUCUGGUGAAUGUGGUGAAUGUGGCGCCGCGCCCUUUGUCCUCCCGGCGUUGCACGCUCCUCGUUUCCUCUCGCCCUUCAUUGGAGCGCCACCAUCGUUAUCUCCCCAGCCCAUGCCCCCAACACCCCCUCCUCCCACCAUCGUUAUCUCCCCAGCCCAUGCCCCCGGCGCCGCGCCCUUUGUCCUCCCGGCGUUGCACGCUCCUCGUUUCCUCUCGCCCUUCAUUGGAGCCCCGCCAUCGUUAUCUCCCCAGCCCAUGCCCCCAACACCCCCUCCUCCCCACAAGUCUCAGUCACCACACGACGAUGUCGCUGCAGGGGAAAGCUCUGAAGCCGCCAGUUUUUCAUCGCAAUAUGCAAAUGCGCUGGGGUCGGAGUCGAGUGCUGAAUUGCUUUGCUUCUUUCACUCGAGCAAAAUUGGGAGCCCUCGAUAUUGCGUUUCAAGUGUUGAAGCAAUUGCCUAA